AUGUUCUGCGACCAUGAAGCCUGCCCCAACCCGCACCUGCGGGUGGAACUGCUGCAUUUGAUCGGGAUGUGGCCAGAGACGUACCUUCAGGAAGCCGCCUCGGGUAUGCAGGCAGCUGCAGGGUUGGUCAACACUAGCCACUACAUAACUCUGGACCAUCUGAUGUCCGGUUACUUACAUGCGAGUCUCUUUGAUCCUCUCAAGAAUGUGUUAGAUAGCCUUAAUAAAUGGGGACACCUAGAUGGUGUCGCUGCUGCAGCUGUGGAUCAGGUAAGGAAACUUAAGAUUGGAACAGAGGCAUACUUUUUCAACAAUCUGGUCCACCUUUUUAAGCAAAUGGUGGAGGCUACUCUAGCGGAAUAUCGAGCUGGAAUAAACAAAAUGUGCUCCUGUAUUGAAGGGAAUUUAUGCACGUUCAACGAAAUUUUGCAUAUCUAUAAAAUGUUGGUUGACACAACUCCCACAGCCUAUGGGGUUCCCGGACUUGCUCAAGUCGCUGCAGAGUUCCUGGUUACUCUCACAGACUCUGCAGUUACAGUGUGCUCUGCAUUACAGCUCAAGGAUAGUAAACGUUCCAAGUAUUCCAAAGAACUCGUCGCUGAUUUAGGUGAUAUUUACCAAAAAAUAUCUGUAGAGGAAAGAUUUACAUCUGUUUUCCAGAUUCUAAAACGUGACCAUGCACAGCAGUUCUCACACCUUAGUAAACAGACAACAGAUUUCUGCUUUUUCCAUUAUUUGUCAGAAUCGCGUCAGGAAUCCUCGGAAGCAGUCCCGGAGGAGUUUGUAGACAGCGUGACGCAGGUGGUGAUGGAGGCGCCGGUGUUGCUGCUGUCGUCCAAGAUGGUGAUAGACGAGUCAAGGCUGGUCCGCCUACUGCUGGAGUCGGCCUCCGACCCCUUCACGCGCCACCCUCUUGUCCACGGCUCCUUCAGUCGUCUGCCCCACCUCCAGGCUGACAUUCUGGCCUGGAAAAACACUCGUAGCGCUCUGCCACAAUGA